AUGUAUACUCUUAUUUGUGUGUGUUUUGUGAUUUUUCUUUAUGUUGCCGCCGCUCUUGGCUUGGUGAUCGAGCGCUACCAGAACGAGAAUGGUUCUGGGGGACGCAGCAGUGGGAUUCACUCGGCUAGCGCGAGCCCUACACCUUCAGAACGUUCUACGCCCAGAUCGCUCCAUACGAGACAUAAUAGGGAUAUCACUCCACCACUUCACGAAGAAGACGAUGUGUCUGAUUGGGAAGAGGGGGAGGCGACGGACGAAGCCCUAGAAGUGCCGCGGAGGGUGCCAUUCCCAGAGUUUGGUGGGGACAUCGUGCACAACCUAGAUAAUGAGGAUAGGGAGUUCGACGAAGUAUCCGGGAGUGAUCUGCAAGCAGUAGACGGCACUUGGGAAGAAAACUGGCUGUUCCAGAAGAAGAAAAUCAAAACUAUGCAAUCUGUGCCAGUACCCAUGUUAGUGCCAAACUCUAACACUGAGUACAGAGCCCUGAUAGGCGAUAGAGACGCCGACGAUACAACAGACCUUUCGGAUAACGCAAGUGACUCCGAAGAUCAAAGUCUAGAAUACAGAAGUGACGUAAAGAAAGUUCUAGAAUCCAAACAUGUAAUAGGAGGGAAACCUAAGGUUGAUGAAUUAGAUUUCGAACCAGAUAGCCUCACUAUCAUUGAUGGAAUUGACGAUUUUGACAAACUCGUCACUAAAGUAGAAGACGAUGAAACUGUUGACGCGAUUAUUAACGAAAUUAACGAUAAUAACGUUACUAUUGUUGAAACUGUCAAUGUUAAAACUGCAGACCAAAUCGAUGGCGGCAAGCUGGUUCUCGGUAUUGACAGUGGGCCUGUACCUAAAGCAGAAUUCAUUAUGAAGGAGGAAAUACACAGAACCCUAUUUAAUGGGAAUUCAGAUAAAAUAAGAGAAAAUGCUCAUGUCAAAACUAAUGGAGAAUUAUAUAAUAGCAUGCUAAGUUUGCAAGUUGGAGACAGUCUUACGAGCAACAAGGAUUCAAUAACCACUCAACACGAGCGCGAAGGCGAAUACGAGGAGACAGUGACCAUACCAGUUCAGAGGUAUGCGGACAGCCUUCGCAGAAAACACUUCGACGACGGACCACAAGUGGUCCCGACUCGAGAUACUGAUCAUGAGGACGACUUGAUACCAGGUUCAAUCGCAUACAGAGAACGCCAGAAAUGGUUAAAUUACGUAGAGAUGCCAAACAAUCCAUAUUCACCAGAAGCUAUACAGAAAAGACUUUCGGCAAAAAGCACCGCGUCACUUUUCGAUAUGUUCACCAAGAAAGAAACUGAAGAUGACAAAAUUGAAAUACCUGACGAUAAUAGCGAUGGGAGAGAAUCAAACGAACCAAUCAAGGAUGUUAACCACGACAAGAUCAAUUUAACCUUUAGUAACGAUAGUAUAAAUGAAAUAAGCAGAACACCUUCAAGUCCGUCACCUAGACUAUUAAAAGACAUAGUGGCUGAUGAAAUACCGCAAUAUAAACGAUACGGGCGAGAUUAUUACAUAAGAGAGGCAAAAUCAUCGAGCGGCGGGCGCAAAAAAACAAGCGUGAGCGAGUGUAGCUCAAUAUCGUCGAUGAACAAGUCCACCAGCUUAGACAAUUUCGAUACAGAGUUCACGUCGCCUGGAUUACUUGUAAAACAGUUCAACAUGAUAGCGACGAACCAACACUACACAACAUUUGCUGGCAAAGAUGACAUGACAUCACUUACGACUACUGUAAACAAUAAGGAGGACAUUAUGAUUGAAUACGAAGAUGCUAGCGAACCGACUCUGUUUGCCGCCACACCCGUCUAUGUAGAUGACGAUACAGACAGAAAAUUUGAAGAAAUCUUAGAGACAGCAUACCAAACACCUCCAACACUACCACCUCCACCCAUACCAGAUAUUAAUGAUAAUAAAAUCGAUGAACCUUUAAAAUCACCCACCAGCGUUGACAAUUCUUACAUAAGCACUAGCAGUAUGGAAGACUCUAUCAAAAUAUACAACGUUCAAACAGGAGAGAUUAUUAAAUGUAAACCUGAAGAUAACUUAUCAGCGAGAUACGAAACUGACACAAACGACAAUAUUGACAUUGUUGAUAAGAACAUCUCGGAGGAAGAUAGUGCUAGUGGUUGCGAUGAUGUACGCGAACAAACUGUGAUAGAGGAUACAAACGAAAGGAAAUUGUCACUUGAAUCUGAUGACGUUCUACAGAAUUUACCAAAAGUGAAAGAGCUGGCUAAAAUAUUCGUGGAUAUGGACAAUUUAGAAGAACCAGUCAAGGCACCACAAUCGUAUCUCAGACGGCGAAGAAGUAAGGAUAACAUCCUCACAGAAACCAACUUCAAACCUGAGAAACAAAAACAGAUGUACAUGCACAGUUUAACAGCAAGAAGUAUCUCCAAAGAAUUCAGAGAAGAACUAAAACUCUCCAUGUCGACUCCUCUCACUGUUCCAGGGGGCUCUAAAGAAAUGCCCGAAGGCACUGAUGAGGUGACUAAAGAAUCCAUUACGCCAGGCAGUCCUCUACCAGAGCCGGGCACAAUUAAAACUAAGCUAGCAUUCUUUGAAAGUCUCAAAUCAAAAUUUAGUAAUAAAUGA